AUGGAGGAGGAUCCCAUAGCGGAUCUGCGGUAUAUUCUUGAGGAGCUUACACAAGGAGAAGAGGAGACAUGGUUCGCCAACUUGGCAGCCGUCGAGGAAGAACGUAAUUCCUUAUUGAAGCGCGUCCAACGCUCCGAUGCCGAAGUAAUUUAUCUACGAAAAGCUCUGGUUGCAGCUCAAGAACACGUGGAACUACUGCGUUCGGAACGACCAACGCCGUCUGAGAACGACGAGAACUACGAGAACGACCGAGAGACCGCUGCUGUUGAGCGUUCACGAAUCUCGGAGGAUCUCGCUCGCCUAGGAAAGAGCAUACGACAUAAAGAGGGGUCAGUAUCUCUGGUCUUGGGGGAAGAGCAGGAUAUUGACACCCUUCUCAGGGAAGUGUUGAAAGAGAUACAACGGGUGGCAAGCUCAAGUAAACAACGGACACCACCUACCGCGUCCACGUCUGCAUCGGUACUGCCUCCUAUAGCCAGCCCAGAGAUAAAUUUCCGCGAAUCAAUCGGUCCUUCAUCAAGUUGGGUGGAUCCGGACGCAUAUGUUCAAACGAUUGCGCCUCUGCUCGAUGCGGUCGACCGUCUACGUGCAGAACGCGACGACCUUCGCCGUUCCCUAGAUUUCGCACGCACCGAAUAUCGUUUCACGGUUGCGGAUCUCGAAGAGCGAUUGACACAGAUGGCUGAGAAGGUUAAAGCCGUCGAUAGUCAAACGAGUGGGGCGGAACUGCAGAGCCUCAGGCAGGAGCUUGAAGUUCAAAGGCGGAGAGCGGACGAAGCUGAGGCUCUGGAGCGCCGACUCGACAUUCAGAAGCAAGAACUAUCUCAGGCCGAAGCCACAAUAGCUCGCUUGCAAACAGCCGUUGCGAAUAGCUUGACUCAGCCCUCCACCAACGCCGAAGGCGACGCGGCUGCUCUUCGGGCAGCGCUGUCACAUGCUGUCGGUGAUGCACAGAUCAUUUCCGACCAGCUCGCAGCGUGCGAAACCAGAUUGGCAACAAGACAAGAGAUGAUCGAAGCGCUGCAAGAGGAGCUGGAAGAGAUUGGUAAACAACGAGAUGCCCUUGGAUCAGAAGUUGAGUCCCUGCAAGCCUCACUCGCCAGAGCAGCUUCAACUGUCGGGAACGAGGUGCUGAAGAACGAGCAUCGAUCGCUCAAACUUGAGAUGCAAGCGCUAGAGGCUGCUCUUCUGAAAGCAGAGAAGGCAGCAAAGACCGCACAACAUACCGUAGAUUCUCUCCGCGCGGAGACCGCUGCCUCCAACUCUGGCGACACCGAUGAGACUGUUCGCUUACUGCGGGCUCAGAGGGACGACCUUCAGAAGAAAGUUGUGGAGCGCGACAACCUCGUGCACGAAGUGCGCAAGGAGAUCAUGCGCGUGGACACGAACCUCAAGAUGGCGGAGAUGCGGAUUGAGCGGCUUGGCAAGGAGGCUACCCAGCAUCAAGCAAGGAAGGAAGAGCUGAAGAAGCAGAUUGUGGAGCUUGAGGCUGAGCGAACGGAACGGAUAGAUACGAUCUUCACUCUGGAAGCGGAGAAGCUUGAGCUUCAAAAUGCUCUGAACACUCGGGCGACAUCGCAGCAGGGUAUUGCCGGCGAUUACGCCGCACUGUUGGAAGAGAAGGAAGCAUCCGAUGCCAUGCAGGAGACGCUGCAAGCACGCAUCGAUUCACUCCACCAGAUCAUCUCUGAGUUCCAAGCUUCAGAAGAGAGCCUCAAAGCAGAGCAUCAGGAUCUCACAGAACGGUUGCGAAUCAUGGAAUCUGCGCCUGUUGAAGUUCCAUCAAACGAUGAACUCGUCCCUACCAUUGCCGCUCUCUUUGCCGCUGUGCACCAGAAACGCGUACACCAAUCAAGGAACGAACGACUUGAUGCCGAAAUUACCGCCCUUCGAUCCUCGUUAGGCUCGAAAUCCCACGAUCUUCAGAUCGCCAUCGCGACCAUCGAAGCCACCACCGUUGAACGUGCUGCAGUCCAGGCAGAGCUCGUCUCUCUUAAAGAACAGCAGUCUCAAUCAGCCACGGCACUUGUUGCCAGCCAAGCCAAGGUACAGAAACUUUCCGAGGAACUGUCCACAGCGCGCACGGAGGUUGAGAUCAUGCUGGAGCGCGUUUCCAAGGUUCAGUCAUCCACGAACAUGCGUUCCGAGGAAGCACAGGAAAAACUCGAGCUAUUGGAGAAGACUAGUCAAGAACUGCAAGCUCGCCUGACAGCCGCUGAAGAAGAGCUCCAAGCGGCUGUGGAAGUUCGUAAGCAGCUUGAGGAGGAGCGGGAACGCCUCCGAGCAGACUUGCGUGAGCUUGACGCAACUCUCAUCAGCGCACAGCAGGAAGCAGCCGAAAGCAAGAUUCACGAAGCCUUUGUGGGUGCUCUCCAAAUUCAGCUGGAGGAACGGGAGAAGGAACUUGCCACAGUGCGUGAAAGCAACGCUGCCGAGCUGGCUUCGGAGCGUGAGGCGGCGAAUGCUCAGACGCAGGAGCUCACCGAUACAGUUGCCGCACUUGAAAGCACGAUUACUGCGCUCGAAUCCAAGACGGCGGAUCUCGAGACCUUCCGCCAGAAAGCAGGAGAGUUCGACGGACUCAACCAACAGAUGAAGAUCAACCAUCAAGCUCAUAUGGAGGAGACGAAGAGUUUGAGGGAAGAGCUUGUGGCCGCUGGAGACCGCGCAACUGCAGAGAUGAGUAGAGCAGAGCAGCUUGAACGCCAACUUGUGAACGACGCCCAGGCUGCCAAGCAGGCACAGCAAGAAUUGCAGUCGCAACUGCAUGAAUUGGAGCAACGCGUGAAAGAUGAACAGGCUCUUAAUGCUCAACUCACGGCGGACCUCACAUCGGCCAAGGAGAGCGCGUCGCAGCAGGAACGUGCAAGCGUAUCUCUGCAAUUUGAUACUGCAUCUGCUCAAAGCGACCUCAAGAGGGAGCAGGCUGCGAGAGUAAAGUUGCAGGACCAGAUUGAUCAAAGCAUGAAUGAGAUCACCCGUCUGCAGGCGGAAGUCAAGCUUCUUCGUGACAGCCUCGCGCAUGCGCAGGACGUGGCUGUUGAGGCCGAGCAGAAGCUUGCCGAGGCCGAAUCGCGAACAGCACACGCCAAGUCCUCCGCGCAACUUGUCGAACUCAACUCUCGAAUCGAAGACCUGGAGGCACAGUUGCGGAAGAAAUCCACAGAGGUCGAAGAGGCAGACGACAAGAUGAUCGUGGUGUACAAAGAAAAGAAGAAAUUGGAAAUGAGGGUUGACACGCUCAACAAGAAGCUCACGAGCUUGCAGGCUAAGCUGGUAGCUGCGAAAGAUGCUCCCCCGGCUGCAGCAGUCGCGAGCAAAACACCAGCUACCAAGGCGCCUAUGCCACGGACGGUAUCAGCAAGCUCUGAUCCAUCAGGCCGCAAGAGCCCGGCAAAGGCAUCAGCUACCUUCCCAUCCACAUCGGGGCCUCGUUCCUUCAACCGCACCACCUCUGUUCCGACCAACAUCUUUGGCAAUUCUACCGAUCCGGUGCCUCCACCACCCGCCGCUAGCACGGAGCAGAACACAAGGACGCUCGCUCCCAUCCCUGCACAGAUCUCCCCCAUCCGACCACUACGAGUCCAUCCCAAGCACGUCGACGACCUUGCGCCUAGCCAUAUCAUUGGCCAGAAACGCCCACUCCCGAUUGAGUUCACCGAGCCCAUCAUCGAUAAGGAAUAUGUUCCCGCUCCUGCGCCGACGCCCAAGAGCCCAGCUAGUACGCUACGCAAGUUGAGCAAGAAUCGGACUGGCUUCACCCCCGUUCGCAGCCCAGCGAAGCGGACUGUGAGCGAUAUCACCAACCUUGGUGCGAGUCCUGCACCUUUGGCAAUGAAGCCACGGGUAGUGUCCAAGCCGCUUUCAGAUAUGGGGGAUUAUAGAGCACCUUUGUUGUCGAGUGGAAGGAUGAUGAGCAGCACGAGCGAGGGGUUGUUCAACCAGAUUACGCAAUCUCUGAAGCAGCAUUAGUUUGAGCAGUUGAUUCGCUUUUCUGAUAUUUGCAUAUUCACUCACUUACGCACAUCAUGACAUUUAUUUUCCUGGUUCUGUAUAAGGACCUGUUGUGGGAAUGUAUAUAGCUUUGUAGCCAUAUUGCCUUGAUUUGUACGAUUUUCAG